AUGUCGUUGCAACCCCAAGAUAUGAAUGCUCUGCUGCACGCCAUGCGCACACAGAUUGCAGCAUUAACCUCGCAACUCGCCGAGAUACAGGCAAACCCCCCUGUAGCAACCCCCUCGGUAGAGAAGAAGUUCAACAAAAAGGUCAAAGUCAUCGCUGACCCCGGCGCCUUUGAGGAAGACAGAGCGCAAUUCGCCAAAUGGUGGAUUAAACUCCAAAUUUGGGUCAAAGCAAACUGGGAUGCAUUUGCCGACAAUUUUGAGGUAGCCACUGCAGUACUAUCUCGCCUAAAAGGACCUGUGGCGGGUCGAUACGCCCAAGUACAAUUGCAGGAGUGCUACACUGCGGGAGUGUGGUCCACCUGGGACGAUCUCAAAAUAGAGAUCGAAAAAUAUUUCAAAUUGCAAGCUGAGCAUGACUGGGCGCAUCAGCAAAUCCGUUUCUUCAAACAAGGAAACAUGAGGACAGAUGAUUUUGUAACCCGGUUCCUGGCCCUCUCAAUCCAAGGGGGUCUUGGCAAUGAACAUGCAGUAGAACUGCUAGAACGCAAUGUGAACCCUCGCAUUGCAGAGCAGAUCUAUCUGCAAGAUACACGAAGCAACAACUUGGCCCUGGCGGCUGAAGAAGUACGACGAGUCGGUGGAGCCAUAGAGCUCUACACCAUGCACCAAGGUGGCGGGUCCACCAAACAAAAUAACACAUCCCAGAGGCGCCCUGGGUCAUCAAACCAAAAUCAUAAUCACUCUCACGGGUUCAAGCUGUUCGGGCUCCAAGAAGGACACAUGUCCCAAGAUUGCAGAAAUGGGGCGCAGGCCGCCCAACAAAAAAAUAACCAAGGGCACCAGGCGCGCCAACUAGAAUCCGAGAAGCCGGACGAUCGGCUCAACUCUUUGGCCGGUCGUUCGUACGACAAAAUCCGGGCCUUCUUCUAUGACCAACAGGUCAAUGAAAUGAAGGCUCAGGGAAAAGAAUUCGGGGCUUAG